GCAGAGGAGGACAGAAGGGAAGGAGAGAGAGAGGGGGAGAGAGGAAGCGCCUGGGCAGCACUGCAACAGCAGCAGCUGCAGCAGCCCGUCAGGAAGAGUGCAGAGAGGCGGCAGAGGGAAGAAAGAAAAGGCUGUAAGAUUGACUUGAAAGAAGCAUUUUUACACAAGGAAAAAGAAUUUGAGGAAACCAGCCUGUUGUCUCCCUCCUGAUGCUUUUUGAUAUGUUCUCAUGCGGGAGGCAUGCUUGGAAAUAGUGUGAAAGGCAGAGAACGAGAUUUUAAGAUGGAAAGGACGGAUAGCACCAAGGCAUACGGCCAAGCAGAUGGCAAAGGAGUUGGUAUGUCAGCUAAGAGGGCCAAGUCUGGAGUGCCCCAGAGCACACAACGUGGUGAAUUAAGGGUUUACCGGGCAGGUAGCUCUGAAGGCAGGCUACCAGUGCCAUCCAGUCUCCGUAAGCAGAGGUCUAUGACAAACCUGGCUGUACUCACUGAUGCAGAGAAGAAGCUACACCUUUAUGAGCCAAAGUGGUGUGAUGACAUGGCCAAGCCUGGAGCGGGGCAAAGCAAGAUGAGCAAGCCAAAGACUGCAGGGGGUGGCAGUGGGGCCGGAGGGGGUGCCCCUCUCUCUCGAAACCUUUCCAAAUCUGAACAUUCGCUGUUUCAGGGCAAACCCAAGCCCUUCAGCCCUCUGGCUGCUCCCUCUGCCCUGAGCAAGCAGAGUCGUAUACCUCGUGGUCCUUACGCUGAAGUGAAGCCUUUAAGUAAGGCAACUGAGGAUGGGAAGUCUGAUGAUGAGAUCCUUUCUAGCAAGACGAAGGCCAAUACAAAGAAAACUGUAGCUGGAGCUACAGGGGAGUCCAGUUCCAAAGGUCAGGGAGAGGAAGGGGGAGAUAAAACCUUCCUGAAGGUGGAUCCAGAGCUGGUGGUGACAGUGCUGGGCGACCUGGAACAGCUGCUCUUCAGUCAGAUUUUGGACCCGGAGUCCCAGAGGAAACGAACUGUGCAGAAUGUUCUUGAUCUCCGCCAGAAUCUGGAAGACACAAUGUCGAGUCUGCGGGGCUCCCAGCUGAGCCACAGCUGCCUGGACAGCAGUAAUGUGGGCUACGACAGCGAUGAUACCAACGUUCGUAGCAUAUCCAGCCUUUCAAACCGCUCCUCACCUCUCUCCUGGCGCCACGGUCAGUCCAGUCCCCGUCUUCAAGCUGGCGAUGCCCCAUCCUCCACAGGUGGUGGAUACCAGAGCAGCAAGAGUGCUUCCCAGUACACGGCCCACACAAUGCCUGCUCGCUGCUCCAGUCGCCUCAGCAGCACAUCUCGUAUUGAGCUCAUCGAAGGCCUCGAUGUUGAUGAUCCCGACCUCAAAUCCGGUUACCUGAGCGACACCGACCUUCAAGGAAAGAGCCUGCCUGAUGAUGAUGAUGACAACCUGGCUAAUGGUUGGGAUGAGAGCAGCUCCAUCAGCAGUGGGCUCAGUGAUGGUGAUGGCUCGGAGAACCUCAGUUCAGAAGAGUUCAAUGCAAGCUCGUCUCUUAACUCCCUCCCGAACACACCCUUGGGAUCAAGACGAAACUCCUCCGUUAUGCUCCGUACUGAUGCAGAGAAGCGCUCCCUGGUGGAAAGUGGACUUUCUUGGUACAGCGAAGAUGGCAAGGCCAGCCACAAGCUUGACAGCUGUAGCUAUGAUUCUGGAAGUCUUAAAACAGAAGCCCCAAGCAAAUGGAGAAAGAAGCCUCCGAGUCUCAGCGAAGAUUUUGGAUUGAAAGGGGAACUGAAGAAGCCUCAGAGUUUGGGUCAGCCAGGAAGUUUGAAGAAGAGCAGAAAUCCUCCAGUGGGCGUGACGUCUCCCAUUACCCAUACCUCACAGAGCAUGCUCAAAGUUGCAGCACCUAAAAGUGAGAAGCCACUCGAUAAAUCCAAGAUUUCCAUCAAAGCUGCUGGUCUACAGCGAUCUCGUUCAGAUGCUGGCAGGGAUCAUCAUGGAGAGCAUCGCAAACCCCCAUCAGGUUUAGUCAAACCCACCCCUGGAGGCUCCUUUGGCUACAGAAAGCCAAUAACCACUGGUACUGCAACUGUUAUGACAGCAGGGGGCGCCACCAUCUCCACAGGCUCUGCUACAGUGGGGAAAUCUCCCAAGUCAUCUGGCAUCCCUGUGAAGCCUGUUGGAGGAGGAGCACCCUUAGGCAGGAAGAACAGUUUUGAUGCCAGCAGUGAGCAGAGCUUCCUCGGGCCAAAUGUUCGAAACAGCAUUCAGUACCGCAGCCUGCCUCGACCGGCCAAAUCGAGCACCCUCAGUGUGAUUGGUCGCCCAGCAACUCGGCCUGUCAGCAGUACUAUUGACUCCAGUUUGAUGAGUUUGAAACCUGUACCUAUAGCCUCCACAGGGCCCAGGGUUAAAGAGCCUUGUAGUGGCAGUGGUAAGAUGACUAAUCGACCGAGUACAGGUCCGGUGAACCAGACAGACAGAGAGAAGGAAAAAGAAAGAGCCAAGGCUAAGGCUGUGGGUGCUGACUGUUUGUCUCUGAAAAGAGAGGACAGUCAAUGUGAGUCCACAGGAGAGUCUGUUGUGAAACUGCACGGCCUGAGACGGACCAGCAGCAGCAAAUACCCUGAACUGUCCUCUCCCACAACACCAAGGAUGCUGAACACUAAAUCUCUUGGUCGCCCACCAAGCUUGGCUCACUUAGACAAGGUCAAUUCUAACAGUCUUGAUUCCUGUGUGACCAUCUAUGACCUGCCACCCAAAGUCCCACCAUAUUCCAAGCUCCAAGACUUGGCUGGUUCCCACACGGCAGCCCGCCUCACUCCCAGCCCAGCACCUGUCCUCCACAUCGAUUCACCCACCUAUGCCAGUGAGAGCCUGAGUUUGAGUGGAUCGCCAAUGCUCUACCCCAAACGGUCUGGCAUGCACCGCAGCAUGGAGUCCUUACCCCUCCAGAUGAGCGUGCCCUCCUGUGCAAAGUUUCUCCCAACAGACAUGCGGGACAAGGAAGAGAGGGGGACAGGAACCUGGGGGUCCGGGAGUAGGACGUCCCUCAACCUCACAGAUAACUUACAAACAGACCGGAAUACUUUGCCGAAGAAAGGCUUGGAACGAUAUGGAUCAAGCCUGUCAGAGAGUGAUGGUAGCAAACCGGGAAGGCGCCACUCCCACACUAUAGUGAGCAUGACAGAGAGCGAUAGCCCCCCUCAGCUGCCUUCUCCCACCCGCCCUUUUUACCCUUCCUCCAGCAAGACUCCUCUCACUAAUGUGGUUGCCCCAAUUUCCUGUGGCAGCCCGCGGAUAUCACGCUCCAACAGCACAGGCCCUGCUGGUGACACAGCCUGCGAUCUCUAUGGAUCCUCCCCCCUGGGCAGCACUAUGUCCCUGGCUGAUCGGCCAAAAAGCAUGAUGCGGUCCGGGUCUUUCCGUGAACCAGGGGAUGAUGUACAUGGCUCUGUGCUCUCUUUGGCAUCCAACGCUUCAUCCAACUACUCCUCAAAUGAGGAACGGAUACAAGGGGAGCAAAUCCGCAAGCUGAGACGAGAGUUGGAAUCCUCCCAGGAAAAGGUCGCCAACUUGACCAUGCAGCUUUCUGCCAAUCUAGGCCAGGCUAACCUGGUAGCAGCAUUUGAGCAGAGUCUGGCACUGAUGACAGCACGCCUGCAGACACUGUCCGUGUCCUCGGAUCAAAAGGACUCUGAACUCACAGAACUGAAGGAGACCAUAGAGAAUCUGAAGGCCAAAAAUACAGAAGCCCAGGAAAUAAUUCAAGGCGCUCUCAGUAAUCCAGACAUCACACCUAAAGAGCUGUUGAUUAAUCGCCAGAACUCCUCAGAAAGCAUCUCCAGCCUUACCAGCACCACAAGCCACUCCAGUAUGGGAAGUCUGAAGGAGCAGGAUGCCAAGAAGAAGAAGAAGAAAAGCUGGGUCUUUGAGCUCCGCAGCUCCUUCAACAAAGCUUUCAGUAAGAAGGGCGCCAAGGCUGGACCAUAUGCUGACAUUGAAGAGAUUGCCACCCCAGAAUCCUCAGCACCAUCUUCCCCCAAGGUCCAUGGUGUUGGAGAGAACCCUCAACAGCCAAUAAAAUCCUCAGUAUCAUCUUCAGGUCUAUGUGAAGGGGAUGAGGUGGCAGAUGAUAAGGUUGUAACAGAGCUGCGUACAGAGCUUUGGGAGAAAGAGCUCAAACUGACAGACAUCCGCCUGGAGGCUCUAAGCUCUGCACAUCAGCUGGAGCUGCUCCAGGAGGCCAUGACCAAUAUGCAGAAGACAGUAGAGAACCUGAAGACUGAGAAUGAUCAACUGAAGACAGGAAGUCUGUCCCCAUGUCCAUCCCCUGGACCUUCCAGCUCUGUCUCCCAGUCCUCAGGUCUCACAGCUCUGGGAGGUUCAUCGCCCCGGCAGUCAGUAGCCAUGCACAUGCCCAAAAGCUACAGCAGAGGGCUGAGUGAAGGGAGCAGCUCAGAUGUCCACUCUUCAGAUUCACUCAGCCUUUCCUCACAGAGAGACGACCAUCGUGUUAGGGUGGUGGUUUGUGUUGCAGAUUUACGUGUCUUCAAAGAUGAGGCUAAACAGCAGGACUUUUUUGUCGGCACCAUCAGGGUAAACGGCAGGAUGGACUGGGUAAUGCUAGAUUCAGCUGUAAGCCAGGCUUUCAAGGUCUACAUAGCCAAGGUGGACCCCACCUCCAGUCUUGGCCUUUCUGCAGACUCGAUUUACAGUUACAGUAUGGGCCACAUUAAGAGAGUACUGGGAGGAGAAGCCCCUGAGACACAGCCCUCUCGCUGCAUGUCCCGAGGCCCCACCGGCAUCACAGUGGCUCUAAAAGGUUUGAAAGAGAAGUGUGUGGACAGCCUCGUAUUUGAAACUCUCAUUCCUAAAACCAUGAUGCAGCACUACAUCAGCCUUUUACUCAAACACCGCCGUCUCAUCCUGUCCGGGCCGAGUGGGACAGGUAAGUCUUACCUCGCCUCCCGACUGGCUGAGUACCUGGUGGACCGCAGUGCUCGUGAAGUCACAGAUGGCAUCAUGGUCACUUUCAACAUGCACCGCCAAUCAUGCAAGGACCUGCAGCUUUAUCUUUCUAAUUUGGCCAAUCAAAUCGAUCGAGAAACCAGUACAUCGGAAAUCCCACUGGUAGUUAUUCUGGAUGACAUUCAUGAUCCCGUUUCCAUCAGUGAACUGGUUAAUGGUGCUCUCACCUGCAAAUAUCACAAAUGUCCUUACAUUAUUGGAACAAGCAAUCAGCCAGUGAAGAUGACUGCAAACCACAGCCUUCAUCUUAGCUUCAGGAUGGUGACCUUCUCCAACAACGUGGAACCAGCCAAUGGCUUCCUCGUGCGGUAUUUGCACAGGAAACUGGUGGAGUCAGAGGAUGAAAGAAGCUUGACUAAUGAGGACCUCAUCAGAGUGUUAGACUGGGUGCCCAAACUGUGGUAUCAUUUGCACACCUUUCUUGAGAAGCACAGCACAUCAGACUUCCUCAUUGGCCCCUGCUUUUUCCUGUCCUGUCCAGUCACAGUGGACGAGUUUCGCUCGUGGUUCAUUGAUCUUUGGAACCACUCUAUUAUUCCAUAUUUGCAAGAAGGCGCCAAGGAUGGCAUCAAGGUCCAUGGCCAGAAGGCAGUAUGGGAGGACCCGGUGGAGUGGGUGAGGGGCACCCUACCUUGGCCAUCUGCCCAGCAAGACCAGGUGAAGCUGUUCCACCUACCUCCCCCUAGCAUCGGGUCCAGCAGCCCAUGUCAGCCCAGUGAGGAAAGGCCUCACAAGGAGACCCCACCCAGCUCCAUGGAAUCUGAUCCUCUGAUGGCAAUGCUUCUGAAACUGCAAGAGGCUGCUAAUCACAUUGAGUCUCCAGACAAAGAAGACCCCAGCCUGCCUAAACUUUGAACACAAAGCUCAGCACUUCAUGUUUUCUUUUUGUUCACUGUGUUGAAGCAGUUUACAAUCAGGUGGAAUUAGACCUUCAGAAAUGCUUACGGGGAGUUUCUACAGUUAGAGGUUGAAAGUAUGACCUGUGAAUUCUAUAUUAUUGUAACAUGUACAGAUGCAGCCACUUAAAAUUGCCCCUCUCAGUCAAAGGUCUGCCAAUUUCAGCCAUAGACCUUGCAGAGCUUUGCCUGGAAAAUAAAUGACACAUGUAUGAAGGAGUCUGCCUUUCUAAGUCGCUGCAUCUGUACUCCAUGAACAGUAAGACUGUUCACAAGUAUUAAACAGAUAACUGUAUUCUUUUCCACCACGUUAGCCCUCAGUACUCUUGGUACUACAUUGGUGCUAGCAGAUCACUAUGAAAAUCCAUUCUCUCAGCACUUUGACUUCAGGGGAUUUCUGCAACAACACACACCGUCCAUCCUGUUUUCUCCUCAAGUGCAUCAUGGGAUGUUGAGUCCCCAUCAAAUGGCGCUAUUCUUAAUUAACUUUAAACUUGCUUUGGAAAAGAGUAUGACAGCAUAACAGACCCUACUGUUUAUUGUGAUGUCCUUUGGUGCAUAUCAACUGUACAAGUCUUUGAAGGCUAAACCCUACACAUAUGCAAUCCUAAACUUUACAACCCGAGCAGGUAAAACAAAUAUGCCUUAAAAGCAAAGACGUCAGUGCCACCUCAACUUAAGCAGACUUUACUGGUGCUUUAAUCAACAUCAUCCAAACUGUUCAGUCAGAAAUGAAAUAUUUCACCACUUCUCAUUAUUAUUUACACUAAUAUUGAGGACUUUUUGGAGCAGGCCAAUUUUGGUUUGAAUGUUUUCAUAAUUUUCCAUUUUUUCAUUUUCAUGGAUUAUUGGUUUAAACAAAUAUUCUUGCUGUCAUACUCUUUUGAAUAAAACACAACUUGUUUAGCAGUGACGUGAGCUGAUCACUUAUUACUGCUCUUUUUCCAAGCACUUGAUUCAGUUUUAUUUCAUAUAGCGCAAACUGUGGUACUAAUGCUGCCACACAGAUCAGGUAUUAGAUGCUUACUACACAGGGAUAAUAGAACAUAAACACCCUCUGAUGUAAACACACUCCAAUCUGAAGCCAAUCCAGAUUGUUCCUCUGUAACAUGUAACUAAAAAACAGAACACGUGUUUCAGAUCUUUCCCCUAACAUUCUGUGUAUAUAUUAUGUACAUACAAUCAGGCCAUGUUACAGUUGCAUUAGUUGGUGCAAAUAUCUAAUAUAUUGAACCAAAUACUGUACUUUAAUCAUGCAUAUUGACUGUCAAGUUAGGGGUUUAAUUUCAGCUAUGAAUGUAUAUAAAACACUUAAUCAUAUUACAGAAGUGUGUAGUUGGUGCUUUUAAAAGAAGCCUUAUCAAAGUUCCACUGCAAAUCACUUUUAACAAUGGCUGAGCAGAGUGACUCUAAUGUUCACACUUUCCAAACAAACUCAACAGUCUCUCAUCAUGCUUUUUAAUCACAAUUUAGAUAUGUAUGGUGCUCUUUAAAAACUAUUUUAGGAUUGAAAAAAGUCAUUGAGUCAUACAGGGUAGGUUAGCAAAGAGUUUUCUGUCAUUUCCAUCAGGAAUAUGACGGCUUUAGAUGAUCACAUCUGUUAUUUUGUUUGAGGUGUUUUUGAAGUGUUGAGGACAUUAUGUAGAGACUGUGAAGUCAUGUGAACAACGUGUGGCGUAUACCCAUGUUGAUGUCAUACAGUAUGCUUUAGGAGCAUUUUAGGCAAAUGACACAGAAACAUUGUUUUUCAAGAACAGAGUUUAAAAAAGCAAGAUAUAUUGAAAGUUUGUAAGGUGAUCUGUAGAUUUUUGUAGAGUAAAUGAAAGACAAGGUAUGUGGUUGUGCAAGUGGUGUUGAAGUAAUUCAUCAUCCCAGACCAUCCCAUUGCUUCAGUGUACAGACAAAACGUCAAAUGAAGUUCAUCUUGUAAAUGAAUGUUGGACCACUUUAAUGACAGCCUGAUAAGAAAGUGUAAUAAUUCCAUCUGCGCUGCAGAUUUUGUGCACACGAGUUGUCUGCAGCUCUGGUGGUAAUCCACAAACUGAAAAAAUAAGGUUAAAGACAUCAAGAGCAAAAAAUAAAAUAAUGCCAAAUGGCUUUUACUGUAAAUAUUACAGGUAUUUGACUGUAACACUGGUCAAACUCAUCUGUUUCUGCAGGUUAACAAAAGACAUCAGCUCCAGCUUCUCAUCUCAUUCACUGGUUGUUGUGCCUGUUGCUCUGUAGUAGCUGUGAUUUGUGUUUGCUUAUUAGUGAAUUGGGACUAUGCAGCAACUUCUACUGGUGUCAGCAGUCGACAGAUCUCUAAAUUUUACAGGUAAUUGCAAUGUGUUUUCAUACAGUCUUUGAGUUACUAAUUUGGAACAAAACUAUACCAUGAGACAAAAGUGGAAGCAUGUUUCAGCUGGUGGGACUUAGCCUUAAACACAGGAGGGUUUGGUUGUUGUGGCAUUGAAAACAGGGUUCAUAAAUGUACUUAAAGUACUUAAGCUGUUUGAUUUAUUUUUUCUCAUUAAUGGCAACAGAAGUAAUGUAACUUCAGCUGUAAAUGGGACUCUAAAAAGGAUGAUUUAAAAUUCAAUGAGCCUGAUGUCGUCUGCACAAAUCAGCUCUUCGCUGUUUGCAUAAUCUAAAAAAGCAGAAAUAAAUCUGAUGUCUUAGCCCAAUACAGGUUGCUGAAUAGUCAUAUUUUUGCCAAGCUUGUUGUGUACUAAACUAAGACUUAAAUUUAAAAAAAAAUAUGCUGUAUCUAAUGUCACUGAUGUGCAGAUGUUAAGGGUUUCUAAGUGUUGUAAAUGCAUGUAAACUUGCUGUGUGAUGAGACAAAAAAUGUUCAAAUUAACAUAUUGUUUAGGAAAAUUGUUCUAGGUAAUGUUUUCCUUUUUAAUACUCAAUAUUUGAUAUUUCUUUCUUUGUAAAGAAUCCUUUGUAAAACCUUAAUUUCUCUAUUUUGUACAGAGCUUCAUUGUAAAGACUGUAAAUACAGUAGGUCGGCAUUCUGGAUGCGACAACAAUCAUUGAGGAAGGAAAGAAAAUACAUCCUUGGCAUUAAAGUAUAUUUCUUUCGAGUUUGCUCCAAUACAUGGAUAAGGCAUGCCUCUGAAGGCUUUCAUCCUCUUACCACUGUUUGUUGGAAUUAAUAAAAUACAUGUUAUAUUUA